AGUUUGCAAAAGCAAAUGCUGUUGUGAUAGGCUAGUCGAAACAAGAUGUCAGCGCCCUGUGCAAAUUUGUAAAUUUUAAUCGUUGUCUGGACCUGUCUAAGAUCUGUGAAAAUGGCAUUCUUUCUUGAUUCCUUUGUCAUGUUCAGUACUCAGAUAUUGUUUUUCUUGGGAGGUUGGAUUUUCUUCAUGAGAAAGCUGUUUAAAAACUAUGAGGUGCAUCAUGGGAGUGUUCAGUUGACCUUUUCUGUGACCUUUGCCCUUUCAUGUACAUUAUUUGAACUCAUCAUCUUUGAGAUUCUUGGAGUCCUGCACUCAGAUUCAAGGUUCUUCCACUGGCGAAUAGACCUGUACGCCAUCCUAUUCAUUCUCAUCGUUGUCCUUCCUUUCUAUAUAGCAUACUUCCUGGUCAGCAAUAUUCCUUUCGUUGUUCAGCGUCACAUGACCAUUAUCUUGACGGCAGGGGCGUGGCUCGUCUUCAUCUAUUUCUUUUGGAAGCUUGGUGAUCCUUUUCCUAUUCUCAGUCCAAAACAUGGUAUUCUGUCUAUUGAACAAGUCAUAAGUCGAGUUGGAGUGAUCGGAGUGACCCUAGCGGCUAUACUAUCAGGAUUUGGAGCCGUCAACUGUCCCUAUACUUACAUGGCUUACUUUACAAGGCCUGUAACUGAAGCAGAUGUUCACACUCAUGAAAGGAAGUUCAUGCAAGUUAUGGAUAUGAUUCUAACAAAGAAAAAAAGAUUAGCAAUGGCCGAGAGAGACCAGCUACAGAGGGCGUCGACAGCUCCGAGACCUAGUGGGAUCUGGGGCAUGCUCAAGAGUGUCACUAAUACUUCCAACAAUGCCAAUGUUAGUCAGCUUCAGCAGGAAAUCAAAGGUUAUGAAGAGUUGUCACGGCAACUGUACAUCGAGCUUGUUGACCUCAACAGUACCAUGGAAAGGAUUGAAUACACCAAGACACUGAAGGGUCAAUUCUUCAAUCUCUCAGGGUAUUUCUUCUCUCUCUACUGUCUCUGGAAGAUCACCAUUUGUACCAUCAACAUCAUCUUUGACAGGGUCGGCAAGACGGAUCCCAUCUCAAAGUUCUUUGAAAUAUGCAUCAAUUGGUUGGGAUUUGACUUUGACGUGAAGUUCUGGUCACAACAGAUCUCAUUCAUCGUUGUUGGAAUCAUCAUCGUCACUCAAAUAAGAGGCUUACUUAUAAAACUUACAAAGUUUUUCUACACAAUGGCUAGUACCAAGUCUUCCAACAUCAUUGUCCUUGGGCUUGCACAGAUUAUGGGAAUGUACUUUGUAUCAUCAGUUCUAUUGAUGCGUAUGAACGUGCCACCCACGUACCGUAUGAUCAUCACAGAAGUCCUUGGUGACCUCCAAUUCAACUUCUACCAUCGCUGGUUCGACAACAUGUUCUUAAUUAGCGCCCUCUCUAGUAUCGCCUUCCUCUACCUCGCUCACAAACAAGCGCCGGAGAAGAGCGUCGGAGGAACAUGACGAUAAACAAUGAUGCCCUCGCAGUAGGUGUGAUCUUAUUAGUUGAUGUGGACCUCUUCCUGGCCUAGCAUGUUUUGCCAAAGCAGUUGUUUAGGUUUAACAACUUGUAGGUCCUUGUUUUUUUAUAAAGAUGGGACUUAAAUGGUAAAUUGUCAUUUGGUCUCAUCCCACAUGAUCUUAUCAUAGUUUGUCUAUUAAACAUUUGGUCUAAUUGCCAUUCUGGCUAUUUAUAAUUUUUUCUAAUUUCCAGUUAGGCUAUGCCCAUAUCGUCCACUAUCCAUUUGGUCUGUAGGAUUAGAUGAACUGGUUAUGAACCAAUAUGUCAAAGUGCAAACGAUUAGAAGACAUGGGGCCGUUUCACAUGUGAAUUUUCAAUCAUCAUUGUAUUGAUGAUUGCAAUUCGACUUUAGAAUCAUCGGACCUUUCACACGCAAACUGUGAUUUGAUUUCAAAUUCCCGAGCGAAGGUAGUAUGUGUCCUUGGUGACUUGUCAAUCAAAGCACUGUAUCGAUACGAUGAGUGCAUGACAAUUGAUGUUUUGGUGGUCAAGCCUUUCACACGUAAAAUUUGUACCGUAAUUUAAGUGAAACUUAAUUGGAAUUCACCUCCGGAGUAGAAUUUGAACUGAUGAUUGUGAUUAGCUUUCAUGAUUCUAGUUUGGUUUCACACAUGCUGGAAUCAUCAUUCAAAUUACGAUUUGUUUUUUACCUUGUGAAAGGGCAGAAAGUGGAAUGAGAUCAUGUGGUCAUCAAACUAAAUGGGAGACAGAGCUAGUGAUGGUUGGACCAAAAGGUAAUUAGACCAAUUUGAUAAUAGACCAAGUGGGCUCAGCCAUGAUGGUGUUAGACUAAAUUUGAGACUUAUGAGAACAACUGCUAGUAGAUCAAAUGGAUACAACCACUAUAUGUGCAAGUAUCUUUCCAUUCUAGACGGACAAUCUGACAAAGUCAAGUUUCAAAUCAUUAAAUUUGCUACAUGUGCUAAUUCUGAAAAUGGGCUACAAAGAAAAGAAGCUAUUGAAAUUAUAAUUCUAGAUUUAAUCAUAGUCCACAUUCUCUGUUUGUGACUGAGAGAAUGAUCGACAAAUAUAUUUUAGCCUUCCAUACUCUAGUAUUUUGAAAUUUGUAAUAAUCUUAUUGACCAUGACACCCACCUCAGGAUUCAUUACAGAUGUUUUGGUUUUGAAAAUUUUGACUACCGGUACAUUGCUAAGAUCCUGGCAGCGUUUCAUCGAACUUUUGGUUAGCUACAUGCAACUUUAUUCACAAUCGUUCUUGGUGAUUAUAAUCAGAUUCCAACUCAUUAAAUUAUUCUUAUCAUUUGAAUUUUAUUCAGUCAUAUAUAGUGCGUUCCAGAAAAAAGGAAACCGGGAUUCCCACAUCUUUUUUCUUCAAAGGCAAAUUGAUUAUGAUAUUUCAUUUACAUCAUUCAGUUAUUCCUCUACAGUUUGAUACCUUAUAUGUGACUAACUAUUCACGCAUUAAUGAGCAACAUGGGUUUGAAAUUUUAAUGUCAAAAUCAGGUUGCGCAGAAAAAUUGGACAAGAUUGGUUCGUGAUACAAAAGUUGCGCUUAUUCAACGAUUGGCUCAUUAGCAUUUCUUUUGUAUUCUUUGUUAAGAUUCUCCCACUGAUCCCUGAAAUGAGAGUGGAUUCAGAUUCACACAUGAGUUUCAGCGAAAAUCUUUUCUGAUAGGCCUUAAUAUUCAUUGUUUGUAACCUGCCAUGCUUGAAUGAUUUGCAAAGCUUUUGGUCUCAAAUCAAAGAUGAGAUUCCACUCUUACCAUAAGUAUCAAAUUGAUAGUAAAAACAUGUUUUUUAAUAAUCAUGAAAUAUAAUAUAUCUCUGAAAACAGGUUUCCUUUGUGGGGGACAGACUGUAUAUUACCAUACUUUUACCAUGGAAGCAUCGUGGUGUAGCGGUUCUGACUCUCGCCUUGCAAUCAGAGGGUCGUGUGUUCGAAUCCCACCACGGCCUAGGCGUUAAUCCACACUUUGCCACUCUCCACCCAGGUGUUAAAUGGGUACCCGGUAGGAUGUGAAAGCCUCUAUGUAGUAUGCUUAGCAAUUGAGUCUUGGAACUCUUGUUGGAAUGCUCCCCAGGGAGUGGAGAAGGUGCAUACAUUGUAUGCGGGCAUGCAAGGAUCCGAUGACCGGGGUAAUAAUAUGUCUGUAAAGCGCUUAGAGACGUCGUUCCAAUGUAUUAAGCGCUAUAUAAAUGCGGAAUAUUAUUAUUAUUAUUAUUAUACUAGUUGACAAAUAUCUGAAUGCUGGGUUUAGUGUUUGUGAAAAUGAGAUAUUAAUUGUGUGAAAUUUCCUCCUGUAGGAACAAUCUAAUGUUCAUGAACAAUCACCCAGAUUUAAAAAUUUGAUUUAAAGUUAGACCAAGUUCCAAAGUCAUCACUCAUAGUGUUGAUUUGUAUUUUUAAAUUAUUAGCACAAUACAUGUAAAUACAUAGACAACUGUAUAUGUAUACUUAACUUUGGUUAAGUAGAAUUUGUAAAUAUGUAUUAUAAAUUGGCAAUAUUUCUUUAAAAAGUUUUAGUUGAAUUUCAUAUUGAUCUAGGGAGCAUUGCAUGAAACCAAUAGUCUCUGAUUAUUAUAAGCUACUAAAAUCCUUGCAUCUCAUUGGCUGAGAGGAAGGUAAUCAGUGAAAAUGGGUUUCAUAAAAUCCUCUUUGUUUCACAUUAAAUAUAUUUGAAAGAUGCA